AUGGGGAUCGACUCACGAGAUGGAGAUGGGACGCAUCUGAGCGACAUAAGACGGACUGGCGAGGACUCGGGGAUUGUCAUCACCAGCGUCCAUCCUUACAUCAUCCAAAAGCUCGGGAUAGAGCCGCUUGAGACAAGCUUACUGAGGAAAGCAAACAAGAAGAGCUCUGGAACUCUGAGAAAGUCCAUGGAGGGUCCCAGCACGAACGUUCCCAGCAGAAAGUCCAUCCUCUCUGACAAGCCGUGGAUCAACCUGCUCUCAAACAAGUCAUGGAGCUUGUCAACGGUCGCAAGGCUGACCCCUCAAGCGAACAGUGCGAGUUUCUGGCCCAAGAACUUGUCAAGUUGCAGCAAAAUCCCGGAUCAGUCGAAGACGCGAGACCUGGUGCGCGUUGGCAUCGGCAUCUCCUCCAUCUGCUUACACCAUCACGAGAUCAUCGCAGUCAACGACAUCCCCGUUGAGGCGCUUGCUGUCGAGGUUCAGCUCACAGUGCAGUCGACGAGGUGGUGGGACGCGUCAAGCAACAAGGUGAUUGUGGAGAGGAGGACGCAGCAGCAGCAGCAGCAGCAGCAGAAGGAUCAUAGCUAUAGCAUCCACGUGAAAGAGUCCGAGCAAGAAAUUUUCUCCAAAUCGACUUGA